GGGAGCCGAACGCGCAUUUAAAGCGAUAGCCAUCCUCGCUCUCUCCCCAGUGCUGGGCUGUUGGAGAGCUCGAGCUGCAAGCCACCGAGCGCGAGCUCGAGCGCGGCGCGCUGGCCGGGGAACCCAAGAGCGCACGGCGCCCCAAGCUGGCAGGCGCCGCGGGACCCCCAGCCCUCGCCGGCUGCCCUUCCCCGGGCGCCCCUACCCUCCUCGCCCGCAGGAGACCCUGGGCUUCCCCGGAGGAGCUCACCCCAAGGGGCCAGGACUCCGGCGAGCCCGCCACCGUCCCCUCGAGUGCCGCCGCCACCACCGCAGCCGCGGGAGCAGUAUGGUCCAGUUGGGGAAGCUGCUCCGCGCCCUGACUUUGAUGAAGUUUCCCUGCUGCGUGCUGGAGGUGCUUCUGUGCGCGCUGGCGGCGGCGGCGCGCGGCCAGGAGAUGUACGCCCCGCACUCCAUUCGGAUCGAGGGGGACGUCACCCUCGGGGGGCUGUUCCCGGUGCACGCGAAGGGUCCCAGCGGAGUGCCCUGCGGCGACAUCAAGAGGGAGAACGGGAUCCACAGGCUGGAAGCGAUGCUCUACGCCCUGGACCAGAUCAACAGCGAUCCCAACCUGCUGCCCAACGUGACGCUGGGAGCGCGGAUCCUGGACACUUGUUCCAGGGACACUUAUGCGCUCGAACAGUCGCUCACUUUCGUCCAGGCGCUCAUCCAGAAGGACACCUCCGAAGUGCGCUGCACCAACGGCGAGCCUCCGGUUUUCGUCAAGCCCGAGAAAGUAGUUGGAGUGAUUGGGGCUUCGGGGAGUUCGGUCUCCAUCAUGGUAGCCAACAUCCUGAGGCUUUUCCAGGUUGAUGGGCGCUACGGGAUAAGGAAAAGGAUGUGACGCUCACUGAAGAGGCUUGGGUUGGGAGUGCUGGAGGAGUGUACAGGUGGGGAAAAUGUACCAGCGUGUAUGCCUACUGGGACCACGUUUUCCAGAACAGUUAAGCCCAGUGUCAACUGUGCUGUCCCACCUUCCUCUCUUAGUGAGAAGAGAGCAGGCUGAAUGGAAGAAAGUCAUUAUGACCACUGGGGCCACUAGGGGGUGUCCAGAGAAGGUAACUACUUUGCCCACGUCCUAAACUGAUUUCUGUGUGUGUGUGUGUCCCCAUGAUGAAGACAUCAUUAAAGUAAAAUAUCAUGAAUAGACUCUUAAGAAGCAGAGUCUACUGAAAGUCCUGGAAAAUAUGAAAGCACUAAUAUUCAUGGACAGCUCUACACUCUGAAAGUUACUCCAAAUGUUGUUGAUCUCUCUUUUGUCUAGGAGUUUUUCAAAUUUUCUACCAUGAUCAUUUGUUAGUUUUAUAAUUACAUAAUAAAGGCAUUACAUCAUACAA